UUUUAAUCUAAUAAUUGACUUAUCUCAAAAUGAUGAUAUCAAAAUGUAGCAUUUUUUUUUAUGUCAUAUUUAUGAUUUACCUUGGGAAUAUAUUUUUCUUUCCGUGGCGUAAAGGGGAAUCCAAAGAUUUUGACUCGCUAAAGAGAAAGUAGCUGCUCAAUGCAAUGUCUUGGUCUGACCAGCAGAGGACGCUGUUUAAUGUUAUAGACAAGCGGUUGGGAAUCCCGGGAAAUUUGUAGCAAAGAGAUACAUGUUUUUGUCACCUGAACAGCAAACCUCAACAAUAAAGGUGUCGAUUGUGAAACUGAAAGUGUGCAGAGUUGCUGAGCAGGUAAGACCUAUCUGGUUUAUGUUUUCAUUUAAAUGUGUUUUCUCGCUUUUUAGCAACCAUUGAUUGGAAAACCUUUUGACAUGCACUUCCAAUAUUUAGUCAUUGUUGUUCAUCGACUGUUUGUUUCCCUUGUUUUGCCGUUUUUGCAGUCAAGACAAACAUGAUGACUUGACAAAUAAAAAGUAAGUUUUUCUAAAAAAAAAAAAAAGGCAGAUGUGACCUGUGAUUCUAAAAUGCCCCAAAUUCCUAUUGGACUUUUGUAUUGUAGCAAGAAAAAGUGUGCAUGGUAGUGAUGAGAGGAGGGUCGGUCUUCUUGAAAUGAGGGCCCCUUUUUAAGGAGGAGGAGGGAACAGGGGGUGGUCUUGGAUGGAGGGGAGGGGGCCGGAGGGGUUGGCGAGGCCUGGCCCCUUUUUUCAGGAUGUUCUCACAGGAUGUUGAUGGCUGGAAGCAUCAGUCCGAGUCAGCUGAGAGAGAGACCGCAGUCUUUUGGUUCCUAGUAGUCGCUGUCAUAACUAUUUUUGUUUGUGUGUGUGUGUGUGUGUGUGUGCGCAGCUGAGGAUGUGAAAUCAACGUGGUCAGGAACCGCCGGGAGGACGACAACUCUGCUGGGAGUCAGCACCAUGGCCACCUUCCCGCUGCUCCUCCCGCUCAUCAUGGCGUGCAUGGCGUCCGCCGCUCGCCCGCCCCGCCACCGCCCUCCAUGCCGCACGGUCCAGAUGAGUGUGGCUGUCUGCAGUGAUCUGAGCCUUACCAGCGCCCCCAUCAACCUCCCCCCGGGCGUUCAAACGCUGGACCUCUCGCACAACCAGGUGCAGAACCUCACCCUGGAAACCCUGGCGUAUCGAACGGACCUCCGUCACCUCAACCUCAACUCAAACAAGAUCCUCUUCAUCCAGCCCGGACUCUUUGAAAACAUGACUGAUCUUAAAGUCCUGGAUCUGGCCGGUAAUCACCUGAAUGUCUUUGCGCUCUCCAAAAACAACAUUGGGACUCUCGCAGCCGUGGAGACUCUUGAUCUGUCGAGCAACGGCUUGUACACCGGGAUGUCCGAUUUCUUAAUCGCGGACUCUCCGUCACUGCUGGAGCUGUCCUUGAACAGUAACAGCAUCACCAAAAUAGCACAAAACACUUUCAGGGGAGCUUUGUCCUUGAGGAAAGUCAGCCUCCACAACAACGUCAUCUUAGAGAUCGAAGACGGCGCCUUCGACUCUCUGGAUCAUCUCACUGAGCUCGACUUGUCCAAAAACUCCAUCACGUGUAUCACGGACUUUAACCUGAGUCGGUUAAAAGUGUUAAACCUCAACCAGAACAGUGUUGAGAUUUUCCAGAGCACGAGAUCGACCGACGUGUACGACCUAGUAUUUCUGGAUUUGAGUGAGAACAAGCUGGCUCGCUUUCCGCUCCUCCCAGCGAACAACACCAUCCGACAUCUAGACCUUUCACGCAACCAGCUGCAGAGCGUCAACAUGACCGACAUGCUAGAAACGAAGACCCGUGUGGUUUUGAAUCACCUGAGAUACUUAGACUUGAGUUACAACCAACUCAAGGACACACCGCAGUCCUUUUUCCACACGAUGACAUCCCUGGAGGUGCUGAACAUGAGCAACAACUGCAUAGACUCGUUUUCGAUCGGCGAUAAAAACCUUCUACCCGCAGUGACAAUCAUCAACCUCAACUAUAAUUCUUUACAGAGACUUUCAUUCGGCGAAGCUACUCUACAAUCCUUGCGACAGCUUUUACUACAAGGAAACGACCUUAGCACCCUUGAACAGGAAACAUUCCAAAAACUUCCAAGUCUAAACCUUCUUCAGCUCCAGGAAAACAACCUGAAAGUCUGUCCCUCGGAUACAAAACAAUCUCCGUCGGACCCCAACCACAUCCAUCCUCCAGACUGUGUCUCUUUCUCUUGCCUUCCCAAUCUAAAGUCACUUUACCUUUCUCAAAACAACCUAAAUAGUUUACCUUUGAGGGCAUUUGCUGGCACCUGUCUGAGCCUGCUGGACUUGUCCCUCAAUCCCAAUUUGGAAAUGCAUCCUGACUCUCUGUCCGGUCUUGAGCACACCCUAAUACACCUGUUCCUAAGGGAAAACAACAUUUCCAAGCUGAACACGGACAUUUCCUCCCUGACGAGCCUCAAACUCGUAGACCUGUCCACCAACCAGUUGACCAGUCUCCCCACUCUGACCAGUGAGUCGUCCAUAGAAACUCUUAAUCUGCAGAACAACAGCUUAGUCACUCUAGAGCACAGCACCAUGGUCGCUCUGGAACGCUCGCUGAAAACGCUCUACGUGGGUUCCAACCCUCUCAACUGCUGCAGCAACCUCGGCUUCCUGUACUUGGUCCAGCACUCAGCCGUGGUGGUGCCCGACAUCGAGACCGUCACCUGCCUUCUCCAGGAGGACUCGGAACCGGUCAAUAUAAAAAAAGUAAGCCGAGAGAUGUGUCAUCGACCAAAGAAAGCGAACUACAUCAUUGGUAUCGUCGUGAUCGUGAUGUUCACGGCGAUCACGUUGGGACUGCUGGUGAAAUACUGCAAGUCGAGGAAACGGAAGCGCAUCAGAAGGUUUAGCGCAUGAACAACGUGUAGGGAGGACUUAUUACUUUUUCGAAGGGACGUGACACCUCGAUUUGGGUUUUAAAAUCUGUGAUUUGUACGGAGUUACAAAGAUUGUCCAUCCAUCCAUCCAUCUUCUUCCGCUUAUCCGAGGUCGGGUCGCGGGGGCAGCAGCCUAAGCAGGGAAGCCCAGACUUCCCUCUCCCCAGCCACUUCGUCCAGCUCCUCCCGGGGGAUCCCGAGGCGUUCCCAGGCCAGCCGGGAGACAUAGUCUUCCCAACGUGUCCUGGGUCUUCCUCGUGGCCUCCUACCGGUCGGACAUGCCCUAAACACCUCCUUAGGGAGGCGCUCGGGUGGCAUCCUGACCAGAUGCCCGAACCACCUCAUCUGGCUCCUCUCGAUGCGGAGGAGCAGCGGCUUUACUUUGAGCUCCCCCCGGAUGACAGAGCUUCUCACCCUAUCUCUAAGGGAGAGCCCCGCCACCCGGCGGAGGAAACUCAUUUCGGCCGCUUGUACCCGUGAUCUUGUCCUUUCGGUCAUAACCCAAAGCUCAUGACCAUAGGUGAGGAUGGGAACGUAGAUCGACCGGUAAAUUGAGAGCUUUGCCUUCCGGCUCAGCUCCUUCUUCACCACAACGGAUCGAUACAGCGUCCGCAUUACUGAAGACGCCGCACCGAUCCGCCUGUCGAUCUCACGAUCCACUCUUCCCUCACUCGUGAACAAAGCAAAGAUUGUGCAAGAAAAAAAACUAGCAGACAUUGAAACAAUUUAGUGGGUAUUUACCUUUUGGUAAAUACCCACUAAAUUGGACUACUAAAUUGGCAUACUCAGUGGCCUAGUGGUUAGAGUGUCCGCCCUGAGAUCGGUAGGUUGGGAGUUCAAACCCUGGCCGAGUCAUACCAAAGACUAUAAAAGUGGGACCCAUUACCUCCCUGCUUGGCACUCAGCAUCAAGGGUUGGAUUUGGGGGUUAAAUCACCAAAAAUGAUUCCCGGGCGCGGCACCUCAUCUCCCAGGGGGUGAACAAGGGGAUGGGUCAAAUGCAGAGGACAAAUUUCACCACACCUAGUGUGUGUGUGACAAUCAUUGGUACUUUAACUUUAACUUUAACUUUAACUUGGAAGUGACUGCAGUUUUCGACUAGUAACGUCUAGUCGUGGUGUCCUGUUUGGUUAAAGGGGAACAUUAUCACCAGACCUAUGUAAGCAUCAAUAUAUACCUUGAUGUUGCAGAAAAAAGACCUUUUUUUUUUUUAACCGAUUUCCGAACUCUAAAUGGGUGAAUUUUGGCGAAUUAAACGCCUUUCUAUUAUUCGCUCUCGGAGCGAUGACAUCACAACGUGACGUCACAUCGGGAAGCAAUACGCCAUUUUCUCAAACACCGAGUCAAAUCAGCUCUGUUAUUUUCCGUUUUUUCGACUGUUUUCCGUACCUUGGAGACAUCAUGCCUCGUCGGUGUGUUGUCGGAGGGUGUAACAACACGAACAGGGACGGAUUCAAGUUGCACCAGUGGCCCAAAGAUGCGAAAGUGGCAAGAAAUUGGACGUUUGUUCCGCACACUUUACCGACGAAAGC